CCACUCUGAUGUGAUGGCUUUAUGCAGAAUAGCUUGCUCUUCUGCUUCUGCUUCUGUUUGCGCCACUACUUUUCGUUUUCGGAAAUACCCUUCCAAAUACCAGAAAUUCUCCUUCGCAACGAUGGAUGCUCCUCCAGAAGGUUAUCGGAGGAACGUUGGUAUCUGUCUAAUGAAUAAUGAGAAAAAGAUUUUCGCGGCUUCCAGGCUCGAUAUACCCAAUGCUUGGCAAAUGCCCCAGGGGGGUAUUGAUGAAGGUGAGGAUCCAAGAAAUGCAACUAUCAGGGAAUUAAGAGAAGAGACGGGAGUUAAUUCGGCCGAAGUGAUUGCAGAGGUACCUUAUUGGUUAACUUAUGACUUCCCACCAAAAGUCAGGGAGAAACUAAAUAUUCAGUGGGGAACUGAUUGGAAGGGUCAGGCGCAGAAAUGGUUUCUUUUAAAGUUCACCGGGCAAGAUCAAGAAAUCAAUCUUUUGGGUGAUGGUACUGAGAAAGCUGAGUUUGGGGAAUGGUCGUGGAUAUCACCGGAACAAAUGAUUGAGCUUGCAGUGGAUUUCAAGAAGCCUGUCUACAAGGAAGUCCUUGGUGUGUUUGCUCCAUAUCUCCAAUAAUCUUAUCUGUUAUGGCUUCCACGUGACAGGUGCCUUGGAUAAUUCUGUGGGCUGCUUUAAAAAUAAUGUGCCUAGACAUUAUUCUCUCUGUCUCCUCUUUGCCAUAGCCAUAGGACAGGCGAAGAGGGCUAUUUAUUAUGUGUCUAUGCAUCUGUCCACUUUUGUUGUCAUGAUAAAAUAUGACACGUAACACGUCAUUGUUAUCAAGAAGGGUAUGAGAAUGAAUUUUGU